AUGGAUUGUUUCAUUGAUGCAACAACCAACUACCAGAUUCGCAACUGCAGCAGUGCCGCCAGUAUUAAAAAUAAUUUAACAUCUGCAGGACUUAGACCUAUUGUCAUUGAUGGAAGCAAUGUAGCCAUGCAUCACGGUCUCAGCAAGGUGUUCUCUUGCAAAGGUAUUCAACUGGUGAUUGAUUAUUUCCGUGGCCGAGGUCACAUGAAGAUUGUGACAUUUGUUCCUCAGUGGAGACGGGCCUCGUCAGCCAGCGGCAACACCAUACGAGAUAUAGCCAUCCUCGAACAACUCUACAAAGAGGCACUGCUUGUAUUCACGCCAUCGAGACGAGUGGACAAAGUUUACAUCAGCAGUUACGACGACAGGUUCAUACUGAAGUACGCAUCAGAGGAAGGGGCGGUCGUCGUGUCCAACGAUCAUUUCAAAGAUUUAUAUUGUGAGCCAGUCUUCAAAGAGACUAUCGAAAAAAGAAUUCUACCCUUCACAUUCGUUGGAGAUAAGGUGAUGUUUCCAGAUGAUCCCCUGGGCCGCUCUGGUCCCACGCUCGACGACUUCUUAACAUUUUCGUGA